AAAACGCGAUGGUCUGCUGUGCAGCCCUGGAUCUUAAUUGCCAUCCCUGCUCGGCGCAAAUGCAAAAGAAGUUAACUCAAAAAAAACAGUGGAAAACCUCGGUAAACCAAUUGAAAAAACAAAAAAAUGGACCACAACAAGUGCUAGUAGCACCUAAUACUAAAGCCUGAAGCGUUAAACGUGUAAAAAGUCGAUUGUUUCAAUGCGAAUCAAACAUCAAGGAAUAAAGAGCAAUAUUUUAUCAAGAAAAUCCAAGAAACAGUCUUUUAAAUGAUUUUCGCAUACUGAUAAGUUCAAAAUCGACAGCAUCAUCCGCUCAAAAUGAAUCCAGCCGAGCUUCGCAUGAUGUGGAUGAGUAGUCAGUACAACUCGGAGCGAAUUACAUUAGAGGAUGCGGCUACUCUUCUGGGUCAUCCAACUGUUGGACUCUCUGUCAUGGAGGAUCUCUCCUCACAUCAGCCAACUUUGGAAAUGAAUUCGAUGAUGAGCCUGAUGGGGGGGGAUUUCACUGGCCAGGCCGCGGCGGCGGCUGCGGCGCUGGGUGUUCAGCCGGGCACCUUGAUUGCCACCAACUCGAACAACCUGUACGGAUUCGCACACAUGGGCGGCCUGCAGCAGCAACUGCUUCAGCAGUCGGCGGCAGCAGCGGUCUUCCAGAACUAUGCCGAGGUUAUGGAUGGCGAUGUGGAUACCGGUAUGGUGGGCAUGGCUGCGCACGACGGAGCACUGAUGGGCGUGGGUGUGGGCGAGGCGGUUGUGGACGACGACGAGCAGGUGUAUGGCCAGAUGGACGAUGGCUACGACGAUGGCGGAUCAGGGCUAGAGCCCAAGCAGGAGAUCAUCAACAUCGACGAUUUUGUGAUGAUGAACGAGGACAACAAUUCGUACGAUGGCACCGACUUCAUGACCUCUUCAGACAAGGAUAUUUCGCAGUCAUCCUCCUCCUGCAUGACACAGUUGCCCGGAGGCUUGGGUGUCGCUGGAGUCGAGCACGAUCUGCUGGUCCCACUGGCCGACGGCCUGCUGCACCACAAACUGCUGGGCACCACUUUGGCCCCAGCGAUGGCCACGCUCAAUGGAAAUGCCUUUGGCAACAUUAUGGUGAGCUCUGAAGCACCCUGUGUCAGCUCCAGCAAGCAAAUGCAGCAAACAUAUAGCCUGGCCAAAGGAGCAAACUCCACCGCAACCACCGCCAGCUGCAGCGCCUCCACUUCCUCCUCGUUGCGUUCCCAACGCAAGACGCGCAAGAUCGAACCCGUGAACAGGCCGGGACUGGUGCUGAAAACACCCAUCGCCUACAAGGGCAACAUUGACCCAUCGGUGAUCCCCAUACAGAAAGACGGCAUGGCUGUCUGUAAGCGUUGUGGAGCAAUUGGAGUGAAGCACACCUUCUACACGAAAUCAAGACGUUUUUGCAGCAUGGCCUGUGCCCGAGGUGAACUGUAUUCGUUGGUACUCAAUAGCAAGAUGGAGGGAGGCCAGGCAAGCACCAGUUCCCCAGUUCCCGGAGCGAGUUCUGAUGCCGCCGAAGAGGUCUUGGCCGGCGAACAGCUGCAGUCCCAGUCGGAUAUUGAGCUUGAUCUGCAGGCUGCGCACAUUAAAAAUGCCAAUUACCGCUUCCGUAUUACGGAUCAAUCGAAGAUUACCCAGUUAAAUAGUUUUGGCGAACCCAUGUCCUUAGGUGGUGAUGCAGCUGCCAACAAUGUACAAAUGGCAGCGGACGAAACAAUUGCCGCAUUAAACGGCGGAGCAGUUGGGGAUGCUGCUGCCCCUGGAGGUGCCGAGGAAGGAGCAGCCACACCCAACUCUUACCUAAGUGCAGCUCCGACGCCCAAGGCCCUUCGCCUUUUUAAGGAUGUCUACCCACAGGAUGACCUACCGCAAAUACCCAAGUACGAACGCCUUCCGGCACCGUGUCCGCAAAUGGAGAAAAUCAUUAGCAUACGGCGACGGAUGUACGAUCCCACACACUCCUACGAUUGGUUGCCCCGCCUUGGCAAGGAGAACUUCAAUGCGGCGCCUGUGACCUGUUUUCCACAUGCGCCUGGAUGCGAGGUAUGGGACAACCUAGGCGUGGGCAUGAAGGUGGAGGUUGAGAACACUGAUUGCGAUAGCAUUGAGGUAAUCCAGCCGGGACAGACACCUACCUCGUUCUGGGUGGCCACCAUCCUGGAGAUCAAGGGCUAUAAGGCCUUGAUGAGCUACGAGGGAUUCGAUACGGAUUCGCACGACUUCUGGGUGAACCUCUGCAACGCCGAGGUGCACUCGGUGGGGUGGUGCGCUACCCGGGGAAAGCCCCUCAUCCCGCCCCGCACCAUCGAGCACAAGUACAAGGACUGGAAGGACUUCCUGGUCGGCCGCUUAUCCGGAGCCCGCACCCUUCCCUCCAACUUUUACAACAAAAUUAACGACAGCCUGCAGUCGCGCUUCCGCCUUGGCCUGAAUCUCGAGUGCGUUGACAAGGAUCGCAUUUCGCAGGUGCGCCUGGCAACCGUCACCAAGAUCGUGGGUAAGCGCCUCUUCCUGCGCUACUUCGAUUCCGACGACGGCUUCUGGUGCCACGAGGAUUCGCCUAUCAUCCACCCAGUGGGCUGGGCAACCACAGUAGGACAUAAUCUGGCUGCCCCGCAGGACUAUUUGGAACGCAUGUUGGCUGGUCGUGAAGCCAUGAUAGAGGUUCAUGAAGACGACGCCACAAUCGAGUUGUUCAAGAUGAACUUCACCUUUGACGAGUACUACAGUGACGGCAAAACCAACAGUUUUGUGGAGGGCAUGAAGCUGGAGGCAGUGGAUCCUCUCAAUCUCUCAUCUAUUUGCCCAGCGACCGUAAUGGCGGUUCUUAAAUUUGGAUACAUGAUGAUACGCAUUGAUUCCUAUCAGCCGGAUGCCUCAGGGUCGGAUUGGUUCUGCUACCAUGAAAAGAGUCCGUGUAUCUUCCCAGCUGGAUUCUGCUCAUCCAACAGCAUUUCAGUGACCCCUCCAAAUGGCUACGACUCCCAUACAUUUACCUGGGAAGGUUACUUGCGAGACACAGGAGCAGUAGCCGCAAAUCAGCAUCUGUUUCAUCGCGUGAUCCCUGAUCACGGUUUUGUGAUGGGCAUGAGUCUAGAGUGUGCAGAUCUCAUGGAUCCCCGGCUCGUCUGCGUCGCCACGGUGGCGCGAGUUGUGGGUCGACUACUUAAAGUUCACUUCGACGGAUGGACGGACGAGUACGACCAGUGGCUGGAUUGCGAAUCGGCGGAUAUUUAUCCAGUUGGUUGGUGUGUAUUGGUGAGUCACAAGCUGGAAGGACCGCCGAGGGUUGCACAGCAGCAAGCUCCAAAGCCUGCACCGAAGGCCAAAAUACAGCGAAAGCGAAAGCCCAAGAAAGGAGCAGUCGGCGGUAAGACGCCCAGCGAUAACACUCAGUCAGUCAAAUCCCGUACAAUUGCGCUAAAGACCACGCCUCACUUGCCCAAGCUGAGCAUUAAGCUGGAACUGAAACCGGAGCAUCACAAUGCUGCCUUUUACGAGAACAAUCAGCCAGAGGAAGAUGGCGAUGAGGAGGAUCCUGAUGCAGACGGCGAUGGCGACGGAAGCACCAGCCACAUCUCCGAGCAGUCAACCACGCAGUCCUCUAGUGAUCAAAUCGCAGGAUCUGGGAAUGGAAGUGGUUCCGCUUCGCUGGUAACUCUCGCCCCGGGCAGCAACAAAAUGGUAAUGAAAUCUUCCACUACUAAAUCUCCUGCGCCACCAACUGUGGGCCGCAAAGCCACUAGCUACAUUGCGAACUCCUCUGCGACGAAUAAUAAGUACAUUCCACGUCUGGCUGACAUCGAUUCGAGUGAGGCUCACUUGGAGUUGGUACCAGAUUCGUGGAACGUGUACGACGUGUCCCAGUUCUUGCGGGUCAACGAUUGCACAGCUCACUGUGACACCUUCAGCCGGAGUAAGAUCGAUGGGAAGCGACUGCUGCAGUUGACUAAGGACGACAUAAUGCCACUGCUAGGCAUGAAGGUGGGCCCGGCUCUAAAAAUCUCCGACCUCAUUGCCCAGCUUAAGUGCAAGGUUAAUCCGGGCAGGUCCAGAUCCCACAAGACCAACAAAUCGCCGUUUUUAUAGUGCGCGGAUUUAAAUUGUUGCAGAGCUAAACGAAAAUUAUCACCGAUAAAAACACACAUUUAUACGUGUAUACUAGUGCUUAUGCAUGUAGAAUAUAUAUAACGAAUAUAUAUACAUAUUAAAGUAUUUUGUUAGCACUGAAAAUCGAAACACAAACGUUGCCUAGAAUGGAUCAACUAUCCAUGAUACAAUUGUAUAACUAACUCAAGUCUCACUGCGCGUUAUUUUAUACCGAUUAUAUCGUAAACCGUAGACCGUAGCCAUACGCUCAUGUUAUAUCAGUCAGAGUUCUAUCAACAAUUGUAUAGAGAUCAUUGAAUUGGGGACAAUUACAUUUUUUUAAAUCACGCAUAUUUUUAUAAAAGUAGGAGGUAAAAUCGAUGCAUACAACACAUGUAUUUAUCUAGAUAUAUAUGGGGAUUGUAUAGCAUAGGAUUGUUAAUUGUACAUAAGUUCCGUCGCCGACCAUAGGCCCCACGAAUGUCAUAUUUUAUAUAGAACCAAGCGCAAGAAAGCAUCCCAGGAAAUUAGACAACAUGUCUAGCAUACAUCGUUCAGUCUUAAGCGGAACGAUUAAAAGUCGCUCCUAGUCCAUAAGCUCCACUCUUCUUCGCUUUAUUUCUUUCCGAAAUCACACGUCUCUGCAGGGAGCAUCAAUGGUAUAAGGCAUAUUUUUGAAGAAGGCAACCUUAAUAAUAGAAUAUGUAUUUAGAUAACAUUAAGAUACCAGCUAAUGUCAAAAUAAUAAAUAAAACAGAAUUCAAAAUUGCAAGUAUUGAAA